CACGACUAAACAGAAGUGUUUUUUUUGGGAAACAAUAAAAUGUUAUCUCAAUCGGUUUUUAGAGAGUUCUUGCUCCUGCUUUUCGUACUUCAAUGCUCCGACGGCAAGCGCAAUUGGGAAUACGAUCCGAUAUCCAUCGAUGGCUACAGUGAGGAUGAAACCAAAGUGAAGAUAGAUAUGCGUGUAGAGCGCGUGGGUCGCCACGAAAUUGGCUUUUCGGGCACCAUCGACUGGCAGUAUGAUAUCGAUAACACAACUAUGAUUGAGAUGUUGAUCUAUCGCAGUGCCAGCGGCAGCGAAAGUGACUACAAACUGUUGCCCUUUGCUGUGCCCAAGAAACCUUACCCCGCUGCAAAGACCCCCUAUGAUGAAAUUGCGUAUCCCAAUUUAUCUCUUUGUUCCAACAUACCCAAAAUUGAGGGCGACGUGUUGCACCCAUGGCCCAGGAAUUUGUACACAUUUCAUUUGUGUGCAUUCUCAGAGGGAGUCUUACCAGAAGUUAUGGUUGAAGGUUUCUACAAAAUUAUAGUGAAAUUGACUGGCGAGGUCGAUUGGAGCAUUACUAUUGUCUUAAGAAUCAGGACAAAAUUAAUCUAAUCGAAAAGUGUUUGCCAUGAUUUAUAGCGAAUAUUUGGCCUGAUUUUGGUUAAUCUUCUGGUAAAAAUUUUAAUUAUGCUUUGCACUAUUUCAGCUAUUUUUUUGGUUUCGAUUUCUUUCUUAAAAAAUUUGAUUAAUUUAUUAAUUGUUUGUUUGUUUCACAAAUACAGAGGUUACUACGCAAAGUAAAAAUAAGUGAGACCAAGCAUUGCAUUUGCGCUUGCUCUGGUAGAUAUUAAUUUUGGGCAGAUAUCAAAUAAAAUGUGCAUCUGGUGCAAGCAAAAAUGAGCGGCUUGCAAUAUGUUCAGCUGAACGGGCAAUUAAUAAUUGAUUCAUUAAAUUUCUUGAUUAUAAUUUUGAUAAUAUA